AUGGCCUUCAACGCUAUCGGCCUGGUUACCGGAGACAAGGCCGUCACGCAGAAAAUCUUCUCGGAGGGGCUGGGCAUGUCGUUCCAGGAGUUCGGCAAAGGCGACCACCUGGAGACUACCACCGCUUCUGGAGUCCGCAUCAUGCUGGACACUUUGGAGCUUAUGCGCCAGAUUAAUCCGGACUACAAGUUUGCCCCGGAGGCCUGCAUGGUCCAUCUCGGCUUCAACUGCUCGAAGCCUUCCGAGGUGGACGAUAUCUGCAACAAGCUGAAGGCCGCAGGCGCCACAUUGGAGAAGGAGCCCUGGGAUGCCUUCUGGGGCCAGCGCUACGCCACGCUUCGUGAGCCUGCCUCGGGCGUCUUCCUCGACCUCUUUGCCGCGCUGCCCGAGGACGCGGAUGCCAAGAAGCCAAAGACGUGA